UGAAGACUACUGUUCCAGUGUUUGCAAUAGAACCAGGAGAGAGAAUUCUGGAUGUUUAAAGGUUUAGGUUCUAGGCCUGGAAAAGAAGCGAACUUUUCUCUCAGACUAAGGAAUUUCUGCAGCCAUGACUUCGCUAGCAUGGAGCUUUAUGACCAGCUUCUUGACCUACGAGACCAACAAGUCUGUGGUGGUGAAGAGCUGGUCUGUUGGGAUCAUUAACCGGCUGGUGCAGCUUAUGAUCAUGUCAUAUUUUGUCGGCUAUGUCUUCCUCUAUGAAAGAGCCUACCAGGAGGCCGACACAGCCAUCGAGUCAUCAGUCAUAACUAAGGUCAAAGGCUUUGGCAAGCUUAACAACGUUGUGAUGGAUGUGGCUGAUUACAUCUACCCUCCUCAGGGUGAAGGCGUGUUUAGCAUCAUCACUAAAAUCAUAACCACUCACAACCAGUUCCAGGGAACAUGUUCAGAGAUUGGGGACAGUUUCAAUUGUAGCACAAAUGCAGACUGCGCCAAACAUCUUAGCUCCGUUCAAGCUAACGGUAUAAUUACAGGUGUAUGCAACACAUCUUGUGGUUCCUGUGAGAUUGAAGGAUGGUGUCCAGCAGAAAAUGACCAAGUGCAGAUCGAGCCAAUGGCUGAAUUUGUGAACUUCACUAUUUACAUCAAAAACAGCAUUCGCUUCCCCCUCUUCAGCGUCACGAGAGGAAAUUUUAAUUCCACAAUCAACAACUGCACAAAUAACAAGCUGACAGAUCCUUUCUGCCCCAUCUUUCGAGUGGGGGAUAUUCUGACUGAAGUCAACCAGAAUGUUACUACGUUGGCAAACAAUGGUGGUGAAAUAGGAAUAGUUAUUGAGUGGAGGUGUAACCUGGACCGAGAUGUUGACCUCUGUGUUCCCAGUUAUUCUUUCAUUAAACUGAAUGCUCCAUUUGAAAAUAACAUCUCCAAAGGGUACAACUUCAGAUUUGCGAAAUACUACAAAACAGCUGAUGGAACUGAUUUUCGAAGUCUUCACAAAGCAUAUGCAGUUCGAUUUGAUGUUAUGGUGACCGGCACAGCAAGAAAGUUCAGCUUAAUUCCAACAGUGAUCAACGUGAUAGCAGCGUUAACCUCGAUUGGGAUGGGUACAGUUGUCUGUGAUCUCGUCUUACUGAACUGUUUAAAAGGAGCAGAGCAGUAUAAAAAAAAGAAGUUUGAGGAGGUGUCAGAAGCUCAGAUUCUUGCCUCCAUCACUCCAAGCCCAGGAAGCCAGAUGUCUGUCAGACAAGGACACGAUAGCUGCUGUGACUCUGGAGCCAUUUCCCUCUCUGUCAAUUACUGAUUUUCCAGUUUCUUUUAGAAACUGGAAAAUCCUCAUGGUUUUUCUGUCUCUUUAUUCUUGCAGCACAACCUUACUGUUUUCUCCAGCUGUCAAGAUUGUAUGGUUUUUUUUAAGUUUAUUAAACAUUACAAUUUAGGAAGGUGAGAAACAAAGAAUAUGACCGAUGUGUAGUUUACAGUAGACAAAGCUGGAUAAAGCUUCCUCAUUACAAAGGUUCCAUUGACUUUUCCACAAUUUGUCACUUUAGUAGCAAAAACUUGAUUUAUUUUACUUUUGAGUCAUAGACCAGCAUAGAGUAGUGUAUAAUUAUGAAGUGUAAGAAAGAAAAUGAUACAUGGUUUUUCAAAAUUUGUUACAAAUGAAAACAAAUAAAAAGUUGACAUGCCAAAGUUUUCAGCUCCCCUGAGUUAACACUAGAACCUGCUUUCGCUGCAACAACUGCUGCAAGUCCUUUGGCAUUUGGUUUGACUAGCUUUGCACAUCAAGGGGCUGAAAUUUGUACCCAUUCUUCUUGGCAAAAUAGCUAAAGCUCAGUCAGACUGGAUGGAGAGUACACUGGAAUUGCAACGUUCAAUCCUUGCCACAGAUUCAAGUAUGAGCUUUGACUAGGCCAUUCUAACACAUGAUAAGGCUUUGUUCUGAAUCAUUCCACUGUAGCUCUGGCUGAAUGUUUCUCCGGUUGUCCUGCUAGAAAGUGAAACUUCUUCCUUUCAUCUCUUACCAACUUCCAUGUCCCUGUUGAAAAAAAAUCCACCCACUGUGACAGCUUAGGAAUACUGUUGCAGUGUUUGUUUGCCACCACAUAGCAUUUUGCAAGUAGGUAAGAAAGUUCAAUUUUGGUCACCUCUGAGAUUCUUCUUUCUUCUACAUCUUUGCUUUGUCACCUACAUGACUUGUGACAAACUUUAAACCUUCACUACUUAUGGCUUUCUUUCAGCAAUGUCUUUAUUCUUGACACUCUUCCAGAGGACUAGAUUUGUGGAGUGUAGCUACAACUAAUAUUUGACCUGUCAACAGAUUUUUCUCCCCCUAAAAUGUUGAUAUCUGCAGCUCCUCUAGAGUUACAAUGGGCCUCUUGGCUGCUUCUCUGAUUAGUACUCUCCUGAUCCAGCCUUUCACUUUGGGGGAAGUACACUGCACAAAUGUGGCAUCUGUUUACUAAUCAUGUGACUUCUAAAGACAAUUAAUUGUCCCACUAUUUCUUUAAGGGUAUUAGAUUGAAAGGGGCUGAAUAAAAAUGCACGCCAUACUUUUCAGAUUUUUGAUUUGUUAAAAAUUUUGAAAAUCUUAAAUAAUUUCCCAUCCAUUUCACAACUAUGAACUACUUUGGGCUUAUCUAUAAGACGCAAUCUGAAUGCAAUACAUUCAAGUCAGUGGUUGUAACGAGACAAAUGCAAAACAGUUCGAGGGGUAUGAAUAUUUUUAAAAGUCUAUUAUUUUAAGUUGUGUGUGUGUGUGUGUAUAUGUAUAUAUAUAUAUAUAUAUAUAUAUAUAUAUAUAUGAGAGCUAUUUCAGUUUACGUUAAGUCCUUUUACUUACAAUAAUGUGUCGCUUUUCAUUUGUCAGUUAUGUUUAAUUAAUCCAAAUAAAGUAUUGUUUUUUUAGUUUAGAAAAAAAAAAGAUAAUUAUGGGCAUAGUAAUUUAUAAAAGUUGUCAUUUUUCACAAUAUAACAAAAUUUCUGUAAUCUCAAAUAAA